UAAGUUCUUCAGCAGUAAGAUGUGCACUUCAACUAGGCAUCCUUGAUGUCCUCUACAAACAUGGUAAGCCCAUGAGUCUUUCGGAUCUCUCUGCUGAACUUUCUAUCGUCAAUUCUUCAAAGGUUUCCCUCUUACCAAAUUUAUUGCGAUUCUUAGCGCAUAUUGGUUUCCUAAAUCAACACGAAGAUCACUAUUUUCUUACCCCAGCUAGUCACCUUCUUGUGAAAAAUGAGCCCUUCAAUGUUAGAUCAGUCUUGCUAAUGAACCACGGUCCAGUCAUUUCAAAAGCAUGGUCUGAGUUAAGUGCUUGGUUCCAAAAUGAUUCUCCUACUGCUUUUCAUACCGCUCAUGGAAAAGCUUUCUGGGAUUACAUUGUGGAUGAAGAACCCAGAGUACUAAGUGAUAUUUUCAACGAUGCAUUGGCUGGUGACUCGAGGUUUAAUACCAACAUGCUUAUUACAGAGUGCAAACAUGUGUUUGAGGGGGUAACAUCGUUGGUGGACGUUGGUGGUGGCACUGGUACUGUGUCAAUUGCAAUAGCCAAAGCUUUUCCUAACAUAAAGUGCACUGUACUUGAUCUCCCUCAUGUUAUAGGCGACUGCAAGGGAAGUGAGAAUUUGGACUUUGUGGGAGGAGAUAUGUUCGAUCAAAUUCCCGAUGCUAAUGCCAUCUUACUCAAGACUGUUUUGCACAACUGGGGGGAUGAAGAUUGUGUGAAGAUACUGAAGAAAUGCAAAGAAUCAAUUCCAAGUAGGGAAAAAGGAGGGAAAGUGAUAAUUAUAGACACGGUGAUGGAGGAGGAUCCAAAGCAAAGUAACGAUCAGUUUAUUCGGGCACAACAUAAUAUGAAUAUGCUGAUGAUGGUUCUUUAUGCUGCCAAAGAGAGAACUAAAAAGGAGUGGGAGAAGCUCUUCACGGAAGCUAAUUUCACUGAAUACAAAAUAAUUCCAGCUCUUGGUGUAAGGUCUCUCAUUGAAAUUUACCCUUAGCUUGAAGAAGUAGUUUUAUUAGCUAAUUGCACCAUCGUUUCCUUAAAUUGUAUGUAUAUGUUUUAGAGUGAUUAAAAGGAAAGGAAGUCUUAUAUAUAUGUCUGAGAGUGCUCGCAUGUUUCUUUAAUUUGUAAUGGUCUUGGGUUCACCAUCGCUCCGUUUAAAGUGUCUGUGUUCUGUUGUAUUAUAUUGGAUUAUUACUUUUAAAAAUACAUUAUUUGUCUUGAUGGCAACUUU